UAAAAACGAUCGACUAACGCCGUCAAUUGCAGGAGGGAAACCAAUUGUUCAAAACCAAAAGAAAAAUCCAUGAAACUCAUAAAAGACUUUUCACUGUCUCCACUUCAGCGCAAUAUCUCAGGCCCUCUCUCUCUCUCUCUCUCUCUCCAUAUUUUGCCCUAAACAUUUCAUUUAGUUUUGGGCAGAGCAAAAUCCUUUUUUCAAAACCCUAGAUUUAUAUCCAAUUAGGGCAUGCCCAGAUUCUCUCGGCUCUCUUACCGAUGCAUAUCUUCGUGAUUUUUUCUUCAUAGAGGGCAUAAUUGCUGGUAUUGCUAUUGCUAUUCCAAGGCAAAGGAGUCGUGGCUAUUGUUCGAGCCGACUUUCGAAUAUGGCGAAGGUAGCCCAUGGUGCCUUAACUUCUACCUCGCUACAAAUUGGCGGGGAUGCUCUUAAAGUUGGUCUAACAGUUAAAAGGAAGACCCCUUCGGAACUCAGAGGAGAGCAGUUAAGGCAGACGAAUAUUGCAGAGCUUGUUAAUAAAUCUUUGGCUUCGAGCAGUGCUAGUGAGAUGGAUAAUGGACUCCAAAAACCAGAUCUGCCAAGGAAUCCAAGAUAUAUUGACACCCGUAUGGAUGGAGUAUAUCCUGCCAAGAAAUCAAGGUUCAAACUGCUAUCAGGAAAAGAAAAUGCCAAGCAGGAAAAUAGUUCAAUUGAACAACCUAGCAGCCUAAAGAAAAUCUCUGCACUUUCAAAUUUGGCUGCCAAGAGAAGGCAACAACUUUCAUGUCCAGAGAAUUCUGUUGCUUCUGUUGAUGUUCCAAAAGAUGAUGUGCUCGAUGCCCACCGAACACUUGAGAAAUGUAGUCAGGGUACAUUUCUUAGUGUUACUGAGCUCUCAUCAGGGGGUCAAAAUUUAUCAGGCUUGGCAACUGUUGAUAUGGAUAAAGCAUUGAAAGGACUAGCUGCUUGUCAAGCAAUCCUGAAUAUACCUCCUGAGUCUUCAGAACGAUUUGAUGAUCUUUCAACUGGAAACUUCUGCUCUGAAUUCCAUGUGACAGGCCAGAAGAUUCCUCUGGAUUUUACUUUGAAAACUUAUAUGCGAUUGGUGUCCUCCUCCUCAGUGAAUUGGUUAAAUAGGUCAAUGAUGUGUGGUAUGUAUAAUGGUAUGCCUCAAUUUACAUCCCAUCUUGGUUCAUCUGAAGAUCCCAAUAUUAGUAGUGUUUCACAAAUCAGACUGGCAUCCCAAGUGUUGAAUUCUAAAGCAUUGCAUUCGUGGAUUUAUCCUCAAUCUACCCUACCACCAUCUCUCAUAUCAAUAUUGGUCUCAGCAGCAGCAGAUGGAGUUGAAAUGGAUUUCUUAAGAAAGCGACUCGGGGCAUGGGAGGAAUCAUUUCGGAGUCUUUACUAUAUGUUUCGUGAAAAUGUUUGUAGCAUCUUUUAUGUGUGCACUUCACAUUUUGUGGUGAUGUUUACUGCUGCUGAUGGUUCGGGAAGAAGUAGAAGAUCAUAUCAUGCUUAUAUCUCCAAAUCAACUAGAGGUUUGAGGUCGUCACUGAAAGAACAUGAUGUUUCUUAUUCUAUGCCUCUUUGCCGUUCUCAAGUAGAACAAGUGACUACAGAGGAUCUGGUAGAGCUUUCAGAAAUUGAGAAGCAUAAUUUGGGCCAGACUCGACGCAUGAAUUCCUUCUCUGAUGUUGAUAAUACUCCACAGUCUUUACUGGCUGUCAGUGGAAAUCAGAAUGUACAUGGUUUAUAUGAGAUUUUGUUAAAUUAUAGAUCUUUCUUGACCUUUUUGAAUGCUGUGGAUGUUCCUGUAUUAUAUUCUCCUGUGCCAUUUCAAAAUGCUGCUCUUUCUGCUCCAGAGGUUAGAUGCAUGGAGAUUAAAAGAGCUGAUCAUGGUGCUGCUCUUCCCCAAGGAUCCACCUUGAAAGAUGGUCAUUCCAUGCCAAUUUCAUGUGCUGGCCUUUGCUAUAGCAUUGAAAUCAAGGAUUCACAUAUUCCCCCUUGGAUUAUCAGCAACAUAUGUGCUGUAAUGGCCUCUGAAGGGCAAAGCUUUGAAGCAAGCUUUACAACGGAGCAUACUUCUGUUGGCUUAAAUAUUGCUGUUGGGGCAGUUUGUGAGAUAGCUGAUAGUGAAGCCACAGUAGGUGAAAACUCACAAGAAAUAGCCUUUGCUUUCGGUAUUCCUGAAGCUAUUGUUUCCCCUUAUUUACAUUCAGGUUUAGUAAAGGGCUUGAACUACUGCAACGGUUCAUAUACGGUGUCUCUCUCUCCUGUAUGACAUUUUCAUGCGAAUGAUCUCUAGAGAAAAAAACACUACAUUUUGUUACCGAGGAGGCUUUUCCUGAUUUCUUUUUGCUAAUUGUAAUUUGCUCUUUGUAUAUUCUCGUUUGAUCUACUGUAAUUAAGAGAAAUCCUAAUACUCUGUUCUAUCCUAUAAAGAAUGCGUUUCAUCAGACGCAUUUCCAGUA